AUGCGCAAGGACGAUGACGACGACUGGGACGACGAGGCCAUUGAUCGCUGGGAGCGGAGAAAGCAGCGCCGAGCUGAGAGGGAGCCUUUCAAGCAAGAUCGCCGGGAAGAAGAGCCGGCAACACCCGGGCCCAUCUUUCUGCCCGAGUACAUCAGUUUUAACCAACUGGCUCGGGCCAUGGAACUGUGGUCUAACAGAUUCAUGAAGGACAUGGAGGACAUGGGAUUCGAGAACGUUACGUCGGAUACCAUCAUGACGGGCGAGACGGCGGCCCUGAUUGCCAUGGAGUACGGCUUCGAGCCGACCGUAGAUACCGGCUCCCAACGAGACCUGCGGCCGCGGCCGCCUCCAGAAGACGUCGCAGCACUACCCGGCCGUCCUCCGGUCGUGACCAUCAUGGGCCACGUUGACCACGGCAAGACGACGCUGCUGGACUGGUUGAGGAAGUCCUCCAUUGCGGCGCAGGAGCACGGCGGAAUCACGCAGCACAUCGGCGCAUUCGUCGUCAAGAUGUCAUCAGGCAAGGCCAUCACCUUCUUGGACACGCCUGGCCAUGCGGCAUUCCUCUCCAUGCGGCAGCGCGGGGCCAGUGUCACCGACAUUGUCGUGCUGGUGGUCGCUGCCGACGACAGCGUCAUGCCGCAGACGCUGGAGGCCCUGAAGCACGCCACUGCCGCCAAGGUCCCCAUUAUCGUUGCCAUCAAUAAAGUUGACAAGGAGGAUGCUCGCGUCGACCAGGUCAAGGCGGAUCUUGCCCGCCACGGCGUCCAGAUUGAAGAUUUCGGAGGCGACGUGCAGGUCGUGUGUGUCAGCGGCAAGACCGGUCAGGGCAUGAACGACCUUGAGGAGAAUAUCAUCACGCUGUCCGAGGUCCUCGAUGUGCGCGCCGAGACUGAUGGGAUGGCGGAGGGCUGGAUUCUGGAGUCAAGCGUCAAGAAGGAUGGUAGGACGGCGACUGUCCUCGUCAAGCGAGGCACUCUGAGGCUGGGCGAUCUCAUUGUGGCCGGCAAGACUUGGGCUAAGAUCCGCCUGCUGCGGAACGAGGCCGGGGCCGAGCUGUCGGAGGCGCCUCCCGGGACGCCAGUCGAGAUUCUUGGGUGGCGCGAACUCCCCGUUGCCGGGGAGCAAGUGCUCCAGGCGCCGGAUGAGGGGAAGGCCAAAACAGCGGUCGAGUAUCGUCUGGAGAUGGCAGAGCGCCUAGAGAGCUCCAAACAGCUCGCCGAACAGGAGCAGCGGCAGCGCGACAAGGCGGCUGCCGAGGCGGCCAAGGAAGCUUCCGCGAACGCAGACGGCGCGGCGGCGGAUGAACAGACCGAGCCCAAAGAGCCGGGAAUCCUGUACCAAAACUUUACCGUCAAGGCCGACGUGGCGGGCUCGGUCGAGGCAGUGUGCGGCAGCGUCCUCGAGCUCGGUAACAAUGAGGUGCGCCCCAAGAUCCUCCGGUCGUCGGCCGGCCAGAUCUCCGAAUACGACAUCGACCACGCGGCCGCGUCCAACAGCGUCAUUGUUAACUUCAACGUGCCGAUCCUCCCGCACAUCAAGCAGCGCGCCGAGGAGGCCAAGGUCCAGAUCCUGAACCGCACGGUCAUCUACCACAUCGUCGACGACAUCAAGGCAACGCUCUCGAACCUGCUGCCGGAUACGGUCACGUAUCGCGUCAGCGGCGAGGCGAGCAUUAUACAGAUCUUCUCCAUCAACACGAAGAAGCGGACCUUUAGGAACAUUGCCGGUUGCAAAGUACGAAACGGCGCCAUCAAGAAGUCGUCGCGCGUCAAGGUGCUUCGCAAAGGCGAGGUUGUAUUUGACGGUCUGAUUGACACGCUCAGGCACGUCCAAAAGGACGUCAUGGAGAUGGGCAAGGGCACCGAGUGCGGCAUUGGUGUCGAGGGCUUUGACGACUUCCAGGUCGACGACCAGAUCCAGACGUACGAGGAAGUCCGGGAGAAGCGGACACUGUAA